AUGUAUCUUAGCUCUUUGUCGUUGUUCGGCCUCGCUGGGCUCAUCACCCAGGCUUCGGCACACGGCCUUGUCAGAGAGCCGGCAACACGUGGGCCUGGAGAAGCCACCGAGGCAGCAUGCGGCAAGGUUAUGGCCGACUUCUACCGAGCCGACAACACCUCUUACCCCGAAGCUCUCCUCCGAGCCAACCCAGGCGGUUUGAAGGAGCCGUACGACCCCGAGAACUGCAACCUCUGGCUCUGCAGAGGCUACCAAUUUGCAGACAACGCCGCCAACGUACAGAGCUACACCGCCGGUCAGGUCGUCGAUUUCGAUGUCUGGAUCCGGAUCCCGCAUGAGGGACAUGCCAACGUUUCCGUCGUCGAUACGGCCAGCAACAGCGUUAUCGGCACGCCGUUGGUUGCUUGGCCCGACCAUUACGCUGGUUCCGCAACCCCACCGGCAGACCAGACAAAAUUCAGUGUAACCAUUCCUGAACUCGGGGACCAGUGUGCCGAGGCUGGCGCUUGUGUCAUUCAGUGGUACUGGUUUGGGCAGGGGCAGACAUAUGAGUCGUGCGUCGACUUCAGCAUUGCUGCGGCUUCGACUGAGCCGGAACAUUCCCACAAGCACAGAGUCAGGGGUCAGACUUGGGCCUAG